AUGUCCACGACGUACCUCAGCUCCCCGGCACCAAACCAGAGCUACCUUUCCACGUCCACCUACGAGAAGACAGACCCCUCGGAAGUGGAGAGGCAAAUUCGUCUGCUGCUUUUCGGCUUGUGCGUAACCAUCGCCGCUGCUACCUUUGUCGGAGGUGUGUAUUCACUGCUCUCUCUCCUACGGAUGAGGAGAAAAACCUCCCUGUGUCUCAUUGUGGCUUCCAUGUCUGUGGACGACCUGCUUAGUGUGGUACCCCUCUCCUUGUUCAUGCUCCUCCAGUGGGAGACAGAUGGAGGUGGAGGGUCGAGCAGCCUGUGCACUUUAUCUGGACUUCUGUACGUGUUCCAGGGUGUUUCUAGCAAUAUGAAGGCUUGCCUUAUAGCAGCCUAUACCUUUUAUGUCACCAAGAGAUUUGGAGUGCUUCAGUCUGUCCGCCGGCCAGUAAGAGUGAUGUGGGCUAUUGCCGGUGUCUGGGCGGUCAGUCUGGUCGUCAGUGUUCUGCCUUUGUGCGGAUGGGGCAGCUUUACGCCGGCCUCUCUCGGGUGUUUCCCCGAGAGCGACAGUUUUUACAUACUUCUGCUUUUCUCUUUAUAUUCCCUAUGUUUCUGCGGCUUGUUAUUUUUCUUUAUCCCCCUCACCUACCAGCUACUGUGCUCAAGAGAGCCCCAGAGAACUUUACUGUACCCCAGCUACUUGGAGAUGGCGAGGGGACUGAGUGGUUCUGCUCCCCUGUGUGAUCUUCAGUCCUUUUCCCGGGACAGCCUGAACAAAAGUUUCGGUGCCUACAACGAACUGAGCCCAAGUUCAUGCGUGACAGAGCUCAGGGAGAAAGACGACAGUGGCCUGUCCCCAGUGUCUGUCAGCGGACAGAGGACACCUGCUGUUGGAGACACACCAGUGGUGUUUGCACAAAAGCGCUUCUCCAUGAUCCUGGCGGUUGUCCGGAUUGUUUUAUGGAUGCCAAUGAUGACUUUGGUUCUGGUGCGCCAUGCGCUGAAUGCACGCAGCUCAUCCCUGGAGACUCUGAGCUUUUUUCUCACUCUGCUUGCCCCUGCGGUCACUCCGUUAUUCAUGCUGUCUGAACGCUGGAUCCACAUGCCAUGUGGCUGCUUCAUUAACUGCAAACGGGAUCCAACACAGGAGCCCUCAGCAAUGAAAAGAAGAUUUGAGUUCAACCUUUCCUUCCAGCAAGGCUAUGGCGUGUACAAGUUGUCACAUGCCACCAUGUCUCAUAGCAGUCCGCCAUUUGAGAAGCCUGCCUAUCACAGUCUCUUUAAUUGUGACUUCCCUAAUACCCGCCUUGAUGCACUAGAAAGCGGUGGGCUCUCCAGCCUGGGGCCUGAUUUUGAUUUCAGCACCGCAUGCCCAGUGGACAGCUCCUCUCAUGCAGACCUUCUGUUGGAAGCAGUGGCCGGAGGAGGAGAGGCACUGGCUGAUUGUCCUCCACUUCCCCACGAGAACCAUGGAGAUGAUGAUGACUUCCGUUGCAUCCCUUUGCUGCCCUCUCAUCACCGGGAGCAGGAUCACAACCUCACUGACACGUCGUCUGUGUUCGAGGGGCCGGAGAGGAGGCUGUCGCAUGAGGAGUGUCGGAAAAUCGAGCUUACCGACUGGGAGUGGUGCAGGAGUAAAUCAGAGAGAACACCCAGACAGCGGUCAUCAGGUGGUCUGUCAGUCCCCUUGUGCGCCUUUCAGGGCACUGUAUCUCUGCAAGCACCCACAGGGAAGACCCUCUCUCUCUCCACCUACGAGGUCAGCAGUGAUGGACUCAGAAUCUCCCCAAACAAUGCUAAGAAGGUGGAAGUGUAUCGCUCCAAAUCAGUUGGCCACGAGCCCAGUGCAGAUGACCCAGCAUCAGGCGGUCAGGCCAGAGACGUGAAUGUCAGCAGCGUAGAGAUGGGCAUGGAGAUAGGAAUGGGGAUGGGGAUAGGAGCAGUGGUGGGGGACACCAACGUCAAAAUCCACCUUGAGGUUCUAGAGAUCUGUGACAACGAGGAGGCCAUGGACAGUGUCUCCAUCAUCUCCAACAUCAGUCAAUCCUCCACCCACGCCCGCUCGCCAUCUUUGCGCUACUCACGAAGGGAGAACCGCUUCGUCUCCUGCGACCUGGGUGAGACAGCUUCUUACUCUCUGCUCAUCCCCAGCAGUGGCAACCCUGAGACGGAGACCAUCAAUAUCACUAUACCUGACACUGUGGAGGCUCACCGCCAGAACAGCCUACGACAGACACAGGAAAGCUCGGGAUAUCAUGAGGAAAUACAGCUGCUCAAUGAGGCUUAUAGAAAGCAAGCUGGGGCGAGGGAAGAGUGA